AUGUCAGUAAGCCAGGAAUAUGACUCGAUAUUGAAGAUAUACGCAGAUAAGAUAGAGCAUACUGCAUUGAGACAAAACUCCUCAGAAUAUCAGUUGUUGUUAACGUCUACGAUAGAGCAACUGCUGAAGUUGAAGACAACAAUUUAUACCCAGUUAGCGCUUUUCAGUGCCAAUGAGUCUUUGGAUGAUAUCUCCACGAGCUCAUUGAAGUUUCUAUCAAUCGACUAUUAUCUCGCAUGUAUGUGCUCAAAGAAGCAGAUGACCACUUCCCAGAUGUAUGAUCCAAUGCAAAAGAAUAGAAUGAAGCUGAAAUUCUUGGAGAAAUCUCUGCAACUGUUCAUGCAAUUUCUAAUUAGCUUACAAGACUUUGAAAUCCUUGAUUCUUACCUGGUAAAGAAGAUUGAUAAAUUUGAGAGCAGUUUUAAGCCAACUCUACAGGAACUUUACAUCCAACCUAGUCGCAGUGACGAUCUUUCAGGUGCUCAGCUCAAGAGGCAGCAGAAAAUUGAAAUGUAUCGUCAAAGUAAAGCUAUUAAUGAGAAACUAUCUGCACUUGAGUCGAAAUAUAAGGACAUCGAAGACGUCGAUGGAGGUGAUCAUGACGAAAUACUUCGAGAGUUGUAUUUGCAAAAGCUACAAGGCUUAUCAUAUGAAGCGUUCAACACAAUCGAACAAACACUUUACGAAAUGGAACUUCUUGAGAAUUUCACUAAGAAUGUGCCACCACCAACUGAAGAUAGACGUCAAGAGGAUAAACAAGAUUCCAAAGAUUUUACUGAUAGACUAGAGACUUUGAACAAACCUUUGCUUUCCAAAGAAGGCAAAGUUCUGAGGAAUUUCACGUUAAUAGAUAAGAGAACUGAACUAAAGGGCAAAGUCCGAGGAUAUGGCCAAUAUGGCCCUACUAUGUCAGUUGAAGAAUUCUUAGAGAAGGAAUGGGAAGAAGGAAGAGUUCUGGAAGGAGGAGGUGACAGUGAACCAAAACAAGAUGAAGGUGAUGAGGACAAUUAUCAAUUGCAUGAUGAAAAGACUUACAAAGCUCGUCAAUGGGACGAUUUCAAGGAAGCAAAUCCUAAAGGCAGUGGUAACACCAUGAACAGAGGAUGA